AUGUCAGAAAUAGUUCAGUUCAAGGAAGAAAUCUCUAAGCGUUUCAAGUCCCACACUGACCAGCUUGUGUUGAUAUUUGCUGGAAAGAUUUUGAAAGAUCAAGAUACCUUGACUCAGCAUGGAAUUCACGAUGGUCUCACUGUUCACCUGGUUAUCAAAACACAAAACAGAUCACAAGGCCACCCAGCUCAACAAGCAAACACCACUGGGAGUACUGCUACCACGUCAACUUCAAGCAGUAGUACCUCAACACCAACUUCGACAAAUAGUAACCCUUUUAGCUUGGGUGGUCUUGGAGGUUUGGCAGGUCUGAGUAGCCUGGGCUUAAAUACAUCAAACUUUUCAGAGUUGCAAAGUCAGAUGCAACGGCAACUUAUGUCCAACCCAGAAAUGAUGGUUCAGAUAAUGGAAAAUCCAUUUGUUCAGAGCAUGCUUUCAAAUCCUGACCUGAUGAGGCAGUUAAUUAUGGCUAACCCUCAAAUGCAGCAACUGAUACAGAGAAACCCAGAAGUCAGUCACAUGCUGAAUAAUCCAGAUAUAAUGAGACAGACAUUAGAACUUGCUAGAAACCCUGCAAUGAUGCAGGAAAUGAUGCGAAACCAAGAUCGCGCCUUGAGCAACCUGGAAAGUAUACCGGGUGGAUACAAUGCCUUGCGCCGUAUGUACACAGAUAUUCAGGAGCCGAUAUUGAAUGCAGCACAGGAACAGUUUGGAGGUAACCCAUUUGCUUCUUUGGUAAGCAAUGCAUCAACAGGAGCAGACAAUCAGCCAUCUCGGACAGAAAAUAGAGAUCCUUUACCGAAUCCUUGGGCUCCUCCUCAGUCCAGCUCACAGGCUUCCACAACAAGCACCAGCAGCAGUGGUGAGGGCAGUGGCAGUAGUACUGCUGGAAAUAGCACCUCUGGCAGCACAGGACAGAGCUCAGCUGUACCAAAUUUGGGACCUGGACUAGGAGCUGGUAUGUUCAACACACCAGGAAUGCAGAGCUUAUUACAGCAGAUAACAGAAAACCCACAACUUAUGCAGAAUAUGUUAUCUGCACCCUAUAUGAGAAGCAUGAUGCAGUCAUUAAGCCAGAAUCCUGAUCUUGCAGUACAG